AAAUGUUGAACGGAAUUGAUAAUUUGUACACCGUAAGUGUGUCGGCUCCUGGUAAGGUGAUCCUGCAUGGAGAGCAUUCGGUAGUGUACGGGAAGACAGCGGUGGCCGUCAGUCUUGGACUCAGGAGCUCAAUUGUUAUAAAGGAAGUAAAUUACCACGUGGAACCCACGAUACGGAUCCAUUUACCAUGCGUUGGACUAGAAGAGACCCUACCACUAGAACCCACAGUCAAAAGCCUGUUCCAUCCAAAGCUAGCGCCAGGUAUCACAGGCAAAUUCUCCUGGAGAUUACCAGACAAAAUAGACCAUGACAGCCACUUAAGAAGAGUGGAUGAGUUCCUACAUUUAAUCAAACCAAACUUCGAUGCCUUACAAAAUAACCAGAAGAACUCAUUACGGAGCUUCCUCUACGUGUUUUCUGGCAUCUUCGGGAGUACAAACCUUCCUGUCAAGUCUAUGGAGAUCUCGUUAGGGUCUGAACUGACUAUUGGAGCCGGUACUGGUAGUUCAGCGUCCUUUGCCGUAUGCUUAGCUGGUGCUCUCAUCCAACUACUUAAAUUGAAGAUGUCGACUGGUUUCGACGCGUUCUAUGAUCAAACCAGUGAAGACUUUAGUAUGAAUGAAAGAGAGAUCAUAUCGGAAUGGGCGUACAACUGCGAGAGGAUAAUGCAUGGGUCACCUUCAGGUAUAGACAACGCAACCUGCACGUUUGGUUCACUAGUUUCAUUCAAGAAGGGUAGCAAGCCACGUCAUUUAGACAUUAAGAUGGACCUCAGGGUCCUGCUGGUGGACUCUAGAGUCUCCAGGGAGACCAGAGCCCUGGUGGUAAAGGUCGCAGCUUUGAGGCAGAGGAACACAGCGGCUGUCGACCAUAUACUUGAUGCCUGUGAUCAUGUCGCGCACACAGCCACGCAGGUUUUGGAAAAACUCUCCAGUGGCAAGUGUGAAAUAGACUACGAUGCUGAGUAUCAGCAUUUAGCAAUUCAGGAACUGUGGGACAUGAACCACUGUCUGCUGUCGGCCCUGGGUGUGUCACACCCAGCUCUAGAGGCGAUACGAGGCGCCGCGCGCGCCAAGGGACUCGCCUGCAAACUUACCGGCGCUGGUGGGGGCGGGUACGCGAUGGUACUGAUACCUCCAUCGACGCCGCGUUCCGUGGUGGACUCCCUGUGCGGUCAACUCUUGGAGAACGGGUUCCGUGUGAAAGAGACGCGGCUGGGCGGCCCCGGCGUCUCCAUCGAGAUGUGACGUCGCGCGCCAGGCAAACGCCCGCGCCUCUCAUAGCCACGGUCUCAACUUCUAUGCUACAUUAUUUAAAGCAAAACAAACAAGUGUCGCACGACAAGUUGCCCGACUAUCGCGCAACUUAUCAAAGAUUAAUCGUGCCACACUUGCUUAUUCUGACUACAAAUAAUUAGUAUACACGUGGGUACUAGGAGUUAUAGUGUUUAUUGAGACAGUUUUUAAAGUUAUUGCUAUAAGCCAAGUGACUGUCUUUGGACGGGGGAGGGAUAUGGUCUGUAUCGAAUUAUGUACCUGGGUACGUUAAAUGUAGUCACAAUACAACUACAGUAUUAUGGAAGGGCAGCGUUAGCUCGGGAUGUGGGUUUGGUGUCCGAUAAGUGCAUCGAGUGACUGGAAAACCUCAUGAUGUAAUCUCUUUUGUAGAUUCAAAUGAUUAUAUCUUUGAAUCAAUGAAACGGCUAUUCUAUAGAAUUAAUAUUUAAUUCAAUGCUGAGUUUACAAACUCGAAAUGUUGCGAGUGAAGUGUAUAAUGGAUGAAUGGACAUGUAUUUCCAGUAAUGUUUUCUAUUGGGAAGCACAUGUAACAUGUACUAUGACUACUGUCAUAUAAAAGGUCUGUGUAAACUAUUCGUAUAAUAUUUUCUACCUCGGAAACUUCUUUAGGGUCUUUGUAAAAUAAAUCGUUGCUAAAGUUGCGCCACAGUUGCGCCACUGUUGUAGCAACUGUCGCGCAACUUCACGGCUACAAAAGACAUCUACAAAGGCUUGCCAUCUUGCAUUUGAUCUUCUAACAAGAUUCAAGCGAAUAUAUGUCUUAUAGACAAUACUGUUAUGUAAUUAUUGCCUAUAUACUGGUUGUAUUUAUAUGUUAAACAGUACAAUACGUAAUUGUUAUAUGAAUACGUCAAAAUUGUCACUGCAAAUGUCAUCAAAUAUUUUACACCAGUGAAUCUUUGAUUUUUAUAGUAUUUAUUUACUGAUCAAGGCUAUUGUUUGGAUAUCAGGGUCUUGCCCGGUACGAAUUUUAAGUAUCAAAAACAUGGAAAUAUAAUGUAAAGAAUACUUGCAUGAUAGUUUAAAAAUGGGUGGAAUUUGUCAAUUCACGUCAACGGUUUGAUUCGCACAAGUGAAUCACGCAUUUCCCAGUUUGUGGCAAUUUUGACUCAUUGUCGAAAUAAUUCAGUUCCAAUAUUUGAUUUAAUUAUGAUUUUAAAUGAUAUUAUUAUUAUAUUUAUUAUAGAAUAAUAAUGAUUAUUAUUAU